AUGGUCAGCUACAUCCCACCACACCUACGGGGAAAUCAGCACCCUGGAAAUCAACAGUACAACCAGCCGCGAUAUCAGCAAGAACAUUACGGGCAAUCUGACUACCCGCAGCCCAACUAUAGUAGGGGACCGCCGAGUCAAAGAUACAACCGACACCCCAACGAAGGCCACGGAGAUAUGUUGGUACCGCACCAUCCAAAUGAUGCGAUGCGGGAAAUCCAGGAGGCUCAGAAGGAGCAGCGGGCGGCGUUGGAGAUGCUGACAAAACAACUCUCCCAAGUUGCAGUGUCGCUGGGCGAGUUGAAGGGAAAUGAAGCCACUACGCAACCACCUGGUCGUGAGAAUAUUAGUGAAGAAGAGGAAGAAUCUAGUAGAUUGGAUCAAGUGAAAGAAAAGGGUAAGGAGAAGGUGGGAGGUGAAGCCUCGGAAGAUUGUCAGAAAGAGGAAACUGAAAGGGUUAAGCCUUAUCCGUACCGUGGAAUGGUGACAAGGAAGAGGGAUGCCACAAUCGAUAUGGCAAGUAUGUUCAAGGACGUGGAGAUGAAGGUACCGCUCUUGACGGCGUUAAAAAUGCCCCCGAUCAGCAAGUUCAUUAAAGACUACCUGGCAGGGAAGGUGGAGCACGCUAUGUGCGACUUAGGGGCAUCAAUCAACGUUCUGCCAUACUCCAUCUAUCGGAAGUUGGGAGCGACCAAGCUCGUCGACACCGACAUAAUUAUACAGUUGGCCGAUAGAUCGUGUAUUCACCCAGAUGGAAUCCUGGAAGACGUGAUUGUUAAGGUGAAUAACUUUCUAUACCCAGCUGAUUUUUUUGUAAUCAAGAUGACGGAACCCGCAGCAAAUGAGUCGAGUGGAGUCCUAUUAGGACGACCGUUCCUGUCCACAGCCAGCACUAUUAUAGACGUCCGAAAUGGGAUGAUAAGCCUGGAUUUCAAAGGAGAGCAGUACACUUUCAAUAUUGAUGAAGCCAUGAAGAAGUCAGCUGAUGGCGAGAACGUAUACUCCAUAGAUGUGACUGAGCCCUUGGUACAGGAGUAUUUGGAGGAAGAAUUCUUAAAGAGACAGUUCACUGACUCCGCUGCAGAUAAGGAGGUCGAAAAAGAAGUAGAAGAGUGGUAUGAUACCAUGAAAGUUGGAGAGAUGGACGUCCAGGCCAUCGUGAAAGCGAUAACGGAUUUUUGCGAGCGCCCGAGGCCAGCUGGGUCAAGUGGGACAGCUCAAGUGUCUAGCUUAGCGAAACAGCUUGAUCAAGGCAAGCCACUGGAAAAAGAAGCAGCAGAGAACCCUCUACCCAACGAAAGGAAUUGA